AUGAAAACUUUUUUAUUUACAUCUCAAGUUUCUUUUCAAAGCAGCCGAGAACUGAAACGGAUGGGGAUUGAACUGCUUUGCCUGUUCUUUCUAUUUCUAGGAAGGAAUGAUCACGUACAAGGUGGCUGUGCUGUGGGGGGUGCGGAGACCUGUGAGGACUGCUUACUCAUUGGACCUCAGUGUGCCUGGUGUUCUCAGGAGAAUUUUACCCACCUAUCUGGAGUUGGAGAAAGAUGUGAUACCCCAGCAAAUCUUUUAGCUAAAGGAUGUCAACUAACCUUCAUAGAAAACCCUGUCUCCCAAGUUGAAAUACUUACAAAUAAGCCUCUCAGCACAGGCAGACAGAAAAAUAGCUCCAACAUCGUUCAGAUUUCACCUCAAAGCUUGGCUCUUAAACUGAGACCAGGCCUUGAACAGACCCUGCAAGUUCAAGUUCGCCAGACCGAGGAUUACCCUGUGGACUUGUAUUACCUCAUGGACCUCUCGGCCUCCAUGGACGAUGACCUCAACACCAUCAAAGAGCUGGGCUCCCUGCUCUCCAAGGAGAUGUCUAAAUUAACCAGCAACUUUAGACUGGGCUUCGGCUCUUUUGUGGAGAAACCCAUCUCCCCUUUUAUGAAAACAACACCAGAGGAAAUCGCCAACCCUUGCAGUAGUAUUCCAUACUUUUGUUUGCCUACAUUUGGAUUCAAGCACAUUUUGCCGUUGACAAAUGAUGCUGAAAGAUUCAACGAAAUUGUGAAGAAUCAGAAAAUUUCUGCUAAUAUUGACACUCCAGAAGGUGGAUUUGAUGCAAUUAUGCAAGCUGCUGUGUGUAAGGAAAAAAUUGGGUGGCGGAAUGAUUCCCUCCAUCUCCUGGUCUUUGUGAGUGAUGCCGACUCUCAUUUUGGAAUGGACAGCAAACUGGCAGGCAUUGUCAUUCCUAACGAUGGGCUCUGUCACUUGGACAGCAAGAAUGAAUACUCCAUGUCAACAAUCUUGGAAUAUCCAACAAUUGGACAACUCAUUGAUAAACUGGUGCAAAAUAACGUGUUACUGAUCUUUGCUGUAACCCAAGAACAAGUUCACUUGUAUGAGAAUUAUGCAAAACUCAUUCCUGGAGCUACAGUAGGGGUACUUCAGAAGGACUCUGGAAACAUUCUCCAGCUGAUCAUCUCAGCUUAUGAAGAACUGCGGUCUGAGGUGGAGCUGGAAGUGUUGGGAGACACGGAAGGACUAAACCUGUCAUUCACGGCCAUCUGUAACAGCGGGGUCCCCUUUCCACACCAAAAGAAAUGCUCUCACAUGAAGGUGGGAGACACGGCUUCAUUCAACGUGACUGUGAGUUUACCAAACUGUGAGAGAAGGAGCAGGCACGUUAUCCUAAAGCCUGUGGGGCUGGGGGAUGCUUUGGAAAUCCUCGUCAGCCCGGAAUGCAGCUGUGACUGCCAGAAAGAAGUGGAGGUGAACAGCUCCAGGUGCAGCAACGGCAACGGCUCCUUCCAGUGCGGGGUGUGUGCCUGCAACCCUGGCCACAUGGGUCACCACUGUGAGUGCGGGGAGGACAUGCUGAGCACCGAGUCCUGCAAAGAGGCCCCAGAGCUCCCCUCGUGCAGCGGGAGAGGCGACUGCUACUGCGGGCAGUGUGUCUGCCACCUGUCCCCCUAUGGAAACAUUUACGGGCCUUACUGCCAGUGUGACAACUUCUCCUGCAUGAGACACAAGGGGCUGCUCUGCGGAGAUAAUGGCGACUGUGACUGUGGCGAGUGCGUGUGCAGGAGCGGCUGGACAGGUGAGUACUGUAACUGCACCACCAGCACGGACCCCUGUGUCUCCGAAGACGGGAUCCUCUGCAGUGGCCGAGGGGACUGUGUGUGCGGCAAGUGCAUCUGCACAAAUCCUGGAGCCUCGGGACCCACCUGUGAACGUUGUCCCACCUGCGGCGAUCCCUGUAACUCUAAACGGAGCUGCAUUGAAUGCUACCUGUCUGCUGAUGGCCAGGCCCAAGAAGAAUGUGUUGACAAAUGCAAGCUAGCUGGUGCGACCAUCAACGAAGAAGAAGAUUUCUCAAAGGAUAGCUCUGUUUCCUGUUCUCUACAAGGAGAAAAUGAAUGCCUUAUUACAUUCCUACUAACUACAGAUAAUGAAGGGAAAACCGUCAUUCACAGCAUCAACGAGAAAGACUGUCCAAAACCUCCAAAUAUUCCCAUGAUCAUGUUGGGGGUUUCGCUGGCUAUUCUUCUUAUUGGAGUCGUCCUACUGUGCAUUUGGAAGCUCCUGGUGUCUUUUCAUGAUAGGAAAGAAGUUGCCAAAUUUGAAGCAGAAAGGUCAAAGGCCAAGUGGCAAACGGGAACAAAUCCACUGUACAGAGGCUCCACCAGUACCUUUAAAAAUGUAACCUAUAAACACAAGGAAAAACAAAAGGUUGAUCUUUCCACGGAUGGAUAGAACUACUUUAUGCACAGACAAAUUUUGUUUCACUGAUAUGAAAUGUUAUUGCACUAUUUAAUUUUUCUCUCUUUGUUGUUUUAAGGUUGGUUUAAGAUAAUAAUAGGUCAUUGGGAGAU